GUCAGGUCCAUGCAUGAAGAGGAGCUUUAGCUUCGGCGAUAAAGUAGUUUCGGUGAUAAAGAAAUGUUUAUAAAUGCCAUUGCCCCUCGCGGGGUAAUGAGGCAUCAAUCAUCUUUCACACCUCUCGACUAAUACAGCUUGAUUAUUCAGAAAAGACUAUAUAAUUUAGACAUUCAACCGACACAAUGGCAGGAGAUCUUAUAGUGAUUACCGGUGUCUCUGGAUACAUCGGGUUCAAGACGAUGUAUAUGGCCCUUGCCCAAGGCUACCAAGUCCGCGCCAUUGUCCGCAGAGAAGAGCAGAUAGAGAAGCUUAAAAACCAUCCCAAAGUCACGAAUGCCGAAAACUUGAGCUUUGUCGUGGUGCCAGACUUGGUUGCAAAGGAUGCAUUCGCUGGGGUUUUCGAUGGCGCGAAAGCAAUAGUGCAUUUGGCUUCGCCGCUUGCGAAAGAGACGGAUGACUACGAGCGAGAUAUUGUCAAACCAGCGCGAGAUCUCCUCAUGGCUGUCCUGGAGGCAGCAAUCCACAUCACCACUCUGAGAAGGAUAGUCGUCACAUCAUCUGCCGUCUCUCUCAUCCCCAUGGAAUGGCUCGGAACUUCAGACACCGAGACAGUCUUCACAGAAAGGGACAUUAACUCCAACCCAACAAGACCCUUCCACAGCGCAAUGGAAGCGUACUGGGCCUCAAAAGCCUUUGCGCGCUUGUCAACUAAUAAGUUCAUCGAGGAGAGGAAACCACAUUUCGACAUCGUCGGACUCCUCCCAUCUGUGGUCCUCGGACCAGAGGACCUCGCCACAGGCAACUCUACCCUCCUUGUCGGUACCCGGGCAAUGCUCGUACCAGUCCUGCAAGGAGCAAAGCUAGAUAUGCCACUCGUUGGCACGCCAGUGCAUGUUGACGACGUGGCCAGGGCGCACGUGGAUGCCAUCAAGCCCAGUGUGCCAGGGAAUGCGGAUUAUGUCCUGUCGUCUGAUGGAGAGGAGGGGAUUGAGUGGGACUCCAUGACUGAUAUUGCGAGGAAGUACUUUCCGGAUGAAGUAGAGAGCGGGCUUUUGAAGUUGGGGGGCUCGAUGCCAACUAGAAAGUGGAGGUUGAAUGUGUCAACUACGGAGAAGGCAUUUGGGUGGAAGUGUGUCCCAUUUGAGAAGACUAUGCGCGAUCUCAUUGGGCAGUAUGUUGAAUUUCUGAAGAAGGAACAGAAUUAGAUAGAGGUAGACCGAGGUUGGAGUCAUGGGACUAUAAUUAAUGAACCAGACGCCAACUGAAUAUAAAACAUACAUAGUAAUUGGAGUGGAGGACUCAUAACAGCAUUCAUCCGAUGUUGCUGCUGCGUAUACCCUGCAUGGGUCGAGCCCAAAUCGGAUCCUCCCCUUCAAAAAUAUUAGACUCAUACAUAG